AUGGUCAGCGAAACUACAAGUACCACCAACUCAAGCUUUGAUGACAAAAAGGGUAUGGCAAUUGCUUUAGAGCAAGCUCAAAUCUCCUACAAUGAAGGUGGAAUCCCCAUCGGUGGUUGUCUCAUCCACAAGGAUGGACGCGUUCUUGGACGUGGCUACAACAAACGUGUGCAAAAUGGUUCGCCAAUUUUGCAUGGUGAAAUGUCAGUUUUGGAAAAUGCAGGUCGAUUACCACAUAGUAUAUACAAGGAUUGCACAAUGUACACCACAUUAUCGCCAUGCAAUAUGUGUACAGGUGCAAUUUUGCUUUACGGGAUCAAAAGAGUUGUUAUGGGAGAAAAUGACACAUUUGUUGGUGGCGAAGAAUUGUUGAAACAAAACGGAGUAGAGUUGGUGAAUUUGCAAGAUGAAGGUUGUAAAGAAAUCUUGACUAAAUUUAUUCAAGAGAAACCAGAAUGUUGGAAUGAGGAUAUUGGUGUAUAG